CGAAUAGCCGAAAUGGGCUACAGUUCGCAAAUGCGAAACCGGCAGACACCACUGAGAACUACGCGACGAUGCUGCAUCUGCCUUUACGAUCAAAAUGGCCGUCCAAGAAUGCUAUCGCUCUGCCGCAGUCUCGCAAAAUGUUCUCUGCGAAGGAGGCUGCAGUUGCACCUGUCACGCCGCAUUUGCAUUCUGACGGACUGAGAGGGAGGUGCACUUCUCACCUUAGCACGCUAGUCUGUGACCAGCCAGCCCCAUGAUAGCAGUGAUACCCAGCAUAAAACUGGUCGCUUCCAUUAAAUUGGGGCUUGCGUUUGUGAUCGUCACCGCCUCGGUAUUCGCUGACACUGAUCCAGCGGAGCUCAUUCCAGUCGUUGCAAUUUCAUCCGGCGAGAGCAGCAGCAUCACUCUUGAUCCAGAGAAUUGGUCUCCGAAUACUCCUCAACCCUCCGUAGUCGUUGUUUUUAACAAGACAGUGGUGGCACAAGCGGAUAGUGAUGACUGCCUCGAUUCCAACGGCACGCGAGUGUUGGUUCACGACGUCGACAAGAGCUUUUGUGUCCACGGAUGGCCAAUUUGCAACACCGUUAACCGCCAAGGUUUGUGCCCACAAGCUCAAAAAGAUCUGCCCAACGGAGCAGAGUGCUCUUUACUAUCCACCAGCACGAGCAAUUAUGGUUGCCUUGAGAAGAUAAACGCAGCAACCCCAACAUCAUGUCAUCUUCGCGUCUCCGAGACGUAAAAUUCUCAUAAACAACAUGAAUGUUUUAAGUACCUUGCCCUUUGCUCCA